AUGAGUGUUGACGAUAUCAGGUACUCUGAUAAGUACUACGAUGAUGUCUAUGAAUAUCGUCAUGUAAUUCUUCCUAAAGAGAUAAGUAGGAAAGAUCCAAAAGAUCAUCUUUUAAGUGAAGAAGAAUGGAGAGCAUUAGGAAUACAAAUGAGUCCUGGCUGGAUACAUUACCAUCGUCAUGCACCAGAGCCUAAUAUUCUUCUAUUUAGACGUGAGCACCAUGGAAAUGUUCCUAAAGAUGCCCUUUAA